UCGCGCGUCAGUCGCUGGGCGGCGCGCGGCCGGUCGCGGUCGAUACCUGGACGCGGCUCGGGCACGGCCAUGGAGCACGUCGCGUGCUCGCGCCUCCCCUCGGUCUAGUGCCGCCACCAUGAGCGCCCGAACCCGCAGCCCCUGGCGCCACGUGCGCUGACACCCGUCGCGGUCCAGUCGCGCUCGUGAGCCCGGCUGCUGUUCACGGGUGAAUGCUUCCCGGCCGGCUCUUUUGCUCGGUGGACCGAACCCUGUAUGUUCAUAAGGACUUGAAUAAGUGUGCCAUGUCGACGUCCUGAUGUUGCUGAAUAUUGUCCCGUUACAGUGAGAGGACUCGUUUUACAAUAAUGCGGUAGUCAAAUGGAGCCUAGCUUUAGCGAUACGGAAGCCGAUUCAUGUCAUGUGCUGAUCUCACACGCUAUGCAAGUUGAUAAAAGUGAGGGCGUGCGCAGUUGCGAGCGGCGACGCGGCGCGGGUGCUGUGUCGCGCGGCAUGCGGCGCCGGCCGCUGCUGACGCUCUUGCUGCUCGCGCUCUUGCGCGCGCACGGCUUACUUGCCGCAUCCGGAGAAGCUGAUUACACACUGGACGAUUCGUUUUGGAAUGAAGAAAGCCCAGUUGGUGAAGUGGAGCGGCUUCUACGGGAGUACAGACAGAACCAGGAGCUGGUGCGAAACAUCGGUGCACAUUACUAUCAAAUCAUAUAUCCAGUGCAGCUUCGGCACCACGAGAAAAUGGGCAUAUCCACCAGAGAGGUUAACACGCCAAAGGGUCGAGGAUACGACUACCAACCAGGAACGAGGUCGCGGGCUAGGACUGGAAAACAUUUUCAUCGGACGUCGCUUCUCAUCAAGGCUUUCAACCACAAGUUCAGAUUGGACCUCGAGCUUAAUACACAACUGCUUGCACCGAAUUUGAAACAGACACAAUACCUCGCAAACGGAGCCGAGAGUGACGUCAGAACGGAAAUCGAGCACUGCUACUACCACGGCACCGUCAAGGACUACCCCGGUGCUUCAGCGGCCUUCCACACCUGCAACGGAGUGUCUGGAGUCAUUCACAUUGGGAACGAGACUUUCGUGAUACAUCCUUUCUACGGAGGCGAUCUAUCGCAGAAGCACCCACAUGUCAUCUUCGAAGCGAGAACUAAGGCCAACAAGGGCUGCGCUAACAAACUCGAGUACCGACCGAAGAACAGGAGAACGAAGAACGUGGGCUACCUGGAAGAGCCGCUCGACGACGACCCCACAAGUUUAUUAGCACCAGGUCGUCUGAACCAAGAACGCAAUUGGCGCUGGUUGUGGAGCGGGGGAGUCAAGGGCUUAAUCGAACGGCUCCGCAGAGACGUCAGGGAGACAACGAAAUAUAUAGAAACAGCCCUGGUGAUAGACAAGGCCAUGUUCGACAGGAGAAACGGAAGCACUAGAGCUGAAGUGGUUCAUGAUGCGAUACAAGUCGCCAAUAUUGCCGAUCUGUAUUUCCGUACGCUGAAUACUAGGGUCUCACUGGUGUACAUCGAGUCGUGGCAGGGUGCUGACCAAGCCGCCAUCGACAGGAAGGCGGACAUCACGAGAGCCAUCCACACCUUCAGCGACUACGCGGCGAGAAAACUAUUCAAAAUCGAAAAGGACACGACACAACUUCUCACCGGCAUAAUGUUUCCGGGCGGAGAAUCCGGUAUCUCGGUACCAGACACCAUGUGUACUCCAAAAUCUGUUGGCAUAUCCGUCGACACUAACACGUACGAGCCACAUCUUCUGGCCGGCACCAUGGCGCAUAUGAUCGGACAUAAUAUCGGGAUGGGCCACGACGAUGGCCGGGAGCAGUGCUUCUGCCGCGACUGGCACGGCUGCAUCAUGGCGCAAUCCAUCGUCGGCUCUGACAACGUCCAGCCCUACAAAUUUUCUGACUGCUCUAAGAAUGACUACAUCAACGAUCUCAGGGUCGGGCAAGGUCUCUGCUUGCUGAACAAACCUAAUGAAUUGGUGAUCCAUCAUCAGUGCGGCAACGGCAAGCUUGACGAAGGCGAGGAGUGCGACUGCGGGACCCUGAACGAGUGCCACAACUCUAACCCGUGCUGUGACCCGUUCACCUGCAGACUGACCAAGGAAGCUCAGUGCGCGUCCGGGGAGUGCUGCGAGAGGUGCCAGCUCAAGCCCCGCGGAGUUGUGUGUCGUGACGCGACCAACGAAUGCGACUUAGAGGAAACUUGCACCGGCCUAUCCGGGGCUUGUCCAGCUGACUCCUACCGGAAGAACGGCGAAUCUUGCGAAGACGGCAAGGGGUACUGCUUCGCCGGACAAUGUCCCACAUUAUCUCUGCAAUGCGAGAGAAUAUGGGGCACCGGUACUGUUGGAGCGGACAAGGAAUGCUUCGAACAGUUCAACUCUAAAGGAGCUGUGACCGGCCACUGCGGGAAGGACAGUAACGGACACUACAUUAAGUGUGAAAUGGAGAACGUUCGCUGCGGCUCUCUACAAUGCCAAUUAGGGAACAGAUAUCCUGUUGUGACCGGAAUGGAUGAGUACUAUACGAGAACCGUCAUCACUAUUAAGGGGAACGAAUAUGAGUGCAAAGCAACGACUGGUCUACCGAAGCACUCGGAGAUCGCUCCCUUAGGGCUGGUCAGGGAUGGAACCCCGUGCGGCGACAACCUCGUCUGCGUCAACCAGACCUGCACCUCUAUAUUCCCUUUCAUCGACCACACCAAGUGCCCAACGGACCACAACAACCACGAGUGCUCAGCCCGAGGGAUUUGUUCGAACCUAAACAAGUGCGUCUGCAACCGAGGCUGGACGGGUCCAGAUUGUUCACAGCACGACGCCCUCCCACCCUCGCCGACUCCCUACGUACCAGAGAACGCCACGAAAGCAGCAUACAACAUGACCAAAAAGGAAACACCGUAUGAGAACUACCACGGCUCGAACACGGUGUUCCUCGUGGCGGUCCUCAUGUCUGUGGUAGGGGGGGUAUUCAUAGUAUUUGCCCUGAGCGCUCUCUGCUACAGGUCAGUCGUAGUACACAAAAACUUCUCCCUGUGCCUAAGGAAAAAGAGCACGUCGAGAAAGUACGACCCGCCCUACGUGAAGAAGCCCAUAGCGAAGAGUUUCGCCGCGGGUUCGACGACCUCCAACAAUUCACAGGAGGACAUAUCGCUCGAUGGCGGGAAAAUGCACUCUUUCAACAACACUUUCAGCCGAGAUUCGCAGCGUGUGAUAUUCAGACAUGGCAAUCACAUGGCAGGGGCCAGCAGUACAAGCAGAUAUCCAGAUCACAAGCAAAUGAAGCGGGUGCAUUCUGGUAGCGAAGACGAACCCACACAUUCAGGCGAAGAAGACAUAGCAUUCAUAGACGUAGCCUCUAACUCGAUGGCGAAAUUGCCAGAAAAAGGUAUCCUGAAGAAGCACGGGUACGGAGCUGUGGAUGGGAAGGACAAAUGGGGAGACGACUCGCAGUCGGAGCAGCUCGAGGCUGGCUCGCAGUCCGAUGGGCAGGAACCGGCAGGGGCUGUUGCCGAUAUGGAAUACAAGUUUAAGGAUCUGAACGGCUAUCACGAGAACAUAAUAGUGGCCUUGAAGACGGCCGCGGCGCAACGUGCGAGCGCUGCAGGAGGCUCCGGUGAUCUUCGCUCCCUCCAGGACUACGAGUACAAGGAGCGGAGGGAACGAGCCCCCAGCGCAGAGAAGAUCCACGACGCGGAACUGCGAAGACAGCGCCCCGACGACGAAGAGGACGACGCUCCACAGUGCGCCCCCAUCAGAAUCAGGAACCUGGAGGACUUGAUACGGCAACUAGAGCACCACUCGAGCAGGCACAUGAGCCCGUCCGGCUCUGAAGAUAUAAGGAUGUCGGAGACGGAAGCCGAUCGACACUACAGGAUCGAGCCUGGAGAGAUCCCACCUCGAUGUCGCGGCCGCAUCCCCGGCGAAGAGGAGGCCCACUUCUCGUACCGUUACCGCGGCGGGUCUGGCCGGCACCACAGCGCGAUGUUCGGCGCCGGCCCGCCCCCCGCGCCGCGCCUUCCCCCCGACGAGGACGCGCUCUACGAGACGGCCGACGCCGAGCGACUCCGCGACGCACCAGACAGCGAAAGUGAUGAAUUUAUUCAAGCUCAACAACAGUUAGCCCCGUGGGCGAGUGAGGAGCGAGUGGGGCGGCCAUCUCACCGCCGGGCCCCGUCCCCGCCCGACGAAGACUCCCCUGCCGCCUUCCCCGAGUACACACACUGACACAUACGACACUCACCCUACCGAUAGCUUAGCACUCCAGCUCACGCCUAGAGGCUCCCCACCAGGGCCAUAGUGAACGUACGCGGAAACCGCCCGCCGCUUGUGAAUACAUAGUUGUCCUUAGCGAAACCAGUGAAUUGUAAAUAUUGAAUUAAAUGCACUAAACGAUAUGACUGAAACGUAGUAAUUGAAUUUUAGAGUUAAACUUUAUGUAAGUCGUUGCGAUGUGUCGGCGUGGCGCCCGAGGAGGCUCUGGGCCGCGUCAGGGCUCCGCCGCGUCGUCACGGUUUAUGAGUAUAGCGAGUCUGUGGAAGGAGCUUCUCGGGCGUCACGACGCUGUGCGUUUAAUGUUAAGACUCGUCGUUGUAUGAAAGUAGCUUAAGAUACAGUUGUACGGUGCCGAGGUCCUUUGAGACGUCGAGUUUGCUUACGUUCGACAACGGACGUGGGUCGAGUAGCUUGCAAAUUAGAUAGGCGAAUAACAAAUUGAACUAACGUAAUCUUAAGCGGAGCUUUAAUGUAACGUGUCCUAGUUCGAGGAGCCGGCCCGGCCACCACGAACGAACGAACGAACGGACUCGACGUCGCUCUAGGUCUCUCAAUGUUCUAUCGUAGUUGAUGUUUCAAUUGAACUCAGUUUAAGAGCCAGCGGUGCCUGGAAUCGUUCAAGCGACAACGACUCGUUCGUAUCGUACAAAUUAACAAUUUGACAUUUGAAGUUUUGAAACUAUUGGAAUACGUAAUUAAUAUAGGACACGGGCCGUUGCGUGUUGAAUGCUACGACUCUAGCGGCCUAGACGAGAAGCGAGUCGGCCCUGUUUCGGUCGGAACACUGCUGGCUCUUGACUCUGGCGUCGUAUCAGUUGUCCACGUCCCGGUGACGUGAUGACGUAGACACGGUGACGCGCCGCCCGAGGGGGGCGACCGGCAACCGUCCCGGAGAGUAUCACCGUCGCAUCACCUCUCCGAACGCGCGCCCCACUUCGCAUUGUCAACAAUGAACACCAAUUUAGACGUUUCAGUUUUGUACGCUCUCCAACGGACCCUUUCUAUUGAGUGAUCUCGAACCACCGUGCACCGUUUACUCGAUAUAAACUAGCCGUUAAAUACACAUAUUCUAAAACUAAAUGUGAAUAAAAGUUAAUUCGAUUCGUCAGAAUAUCUACGUAUGUAUUAUUAUUGUGUCGCUCUUAAAACGAAUUUACGCCAAAGAACGUAUGAAGGAGAUGUAAUGUAUGUUAAAUCUUAACGUGUUAUAGUUUGCGUGUUUAUUUUAUUGUGACAGUUUUAGGAUGUUAUCGUUUACGCUAGGCUAGGUGGCGCGGCCACGAAUCUAACACAUAUGUAGUUAAUGCAGUUUAAAUAAAUGAAUUGAUGUGUGCGAGUGGCUCCUCGGUGACCGCUCGCUCCGGUAGUUCACUGGCGCUGCGGGGCCCAACGCCCUCCCGCAUAAUUACUCUCAUAGAUACUCGUUAUUAAGUAAGUCUAAAAUAGAUACUAUGAACACGUACAGGGUAGAUGUGAUUGCAAUACUCUGUAACUGGGUGUCGCUCGCACUACGGAGACCUGUCCCGUCGUUUCAUGGAUCACGUACACCGUCGGUCUGUGCCUCGAUUCGGGCAUCCAAAACGGGACUGUCUCUUAAUCUCGUACAAUGUGGUCACCCUGCACGCGUUUCGUUUGGUUCGCGGCGAGCGCUCGUCACCCAGAGGGCGUCACGUGCGCGCGUUCUGAACUAUCAAACCGUCUGUGCGGUCGCAAUGACCUUAUGUCGAGGUCGUAAGGUCUGUUUUGGCACGUCGACACAGACUCGGUUUGUUCGCGUAGGCCUAACACGUCAAUUGCGAACGGCGCCGGACAUCGCCAUUGCUCACGGUAGUGCUCUGUAAUUUAUACGAAUAUUCGUAAUUUUAGUAUUUUCGUUUUAACUUUUAUCAUUAAGUUUUGUAAUUAAUUGAACAAUUACAUAAGUGUAACAUUAAAAAUAUGGCACAAAAUUUUAAUGUGUCCUAAACGUUUUUUAUCGAUGUAAUAGGUAUGUAUUUGAGACGUGAAAAUAACUGCGUGUGAAUGUAUCUUUAAGAAUUUCAAUAAUCAUUGAUUUACUCGUAGGAAUGUGUAUAAUAAAAAAACUCAUCUAAUAUUAUAAUGAUGUUUAGAAAGAAAAAUAAUGUAGUCAUGAAAGUCUUUCGAAUCACAAGGUUGCGGAACUCGAGUCGGCUUUUCUAGAACUUUUCUUUUUUUCCUUCCUAUGCUGAUAGCCUUGAGAGGCUAUAUCAGCUUACCCUAGCGUGUGUAAAUGAGCUCACGGGGCUCAAACCAGAGAGUCGCUAACACUGACCCUAGCAAGAGCAGUGCUUCGCAGAAUUUACCACCGGAUCGGAAACGCGACCCACUGAGAAGAUCCGGCGAGAAACUCAGUGAGCUGUGUCUGUGGGUUUCUCUAGAGCACGGCGGGAUAUAUCCGCGUGACUUUAGCGGAUAUAUUUCACGAGCAAACCGAUCAUAAAGCAUUACUAGUUCGGUCGCAAAUCAAUUCGAGGGGUGAUAAGCUAUUUGGUUUAAGCGCCAUUUCGCUUAUUACGCGACAUUUCUCUUUGAAAUUAAAGGUCCGUUUUAUUUUGUAUUAGCAUCAACAGUUCGAUGUUUUUAAUUGAACUUCAAUUAAGGUUACUCGAUGUAAAUAGCUGAAGAUUUUUUUAUGCUACGAUAUUUUUUCCAAAAAUUAAAUGGCUCUCUUGUGAAUUUUUUUUUAUUGCUAGAUUUGUGGACAAGCUCACAGCCCACCUGGUGUUAAGUGGUUACUGAAGCCCAUCGACAUCUACAACGCAAAUGCCGCCACCCACAUUGAGAUAUGAGUUCUAAGGUCUCAAGUAUAGUUACAACGGCUGCCCCACCCUUCAAACCGAAACGCAUUACUAACCGGUUAAACCAAUUAAAUCAAUAAUCCACCGGUUAAACCAAUAAUCGAAAUUAAACCAUAAUCAUUGUCAUCUUAAGAUGUAUUGAUCAGAUCUUACGAUGUAGAGAGAUCAUCUACAUCUUAAAACAAACAAGCGUAUGCUCACCUAAUGGUGAGUAACCACAACUUUCCAUGUACUCCAAUAACUGCCUAUAAACUUAAAUAACAAAUAACUCAAAUAACAAUACGGGCAUACUCAAAUAACUAACUGCCAAAACGGUCAUAAAAUAAAUAAAUAAAAAACAAAAUGUGUGCAAUUCACACGUGGUAGAAGUGAAACCUUCCAAAAUUAAAAUACAAUUAUCCUAAACGUCUUAAGUAUAUGUAAAAUUUUGUCAUUAGUAAAUAAUUGUAAGGUAGCGCCCUCUGUGAAUUGAUAUUUUAAUUUCACGUAUAAUCCUAAAUUAAAAUUCACUACAAGAGCUUUCAUACACACGUUAGUAUUAAAAAAUCUCACAGAUGGCGCUGUAUUAAAUAGUAUGUAUAUUUCUGUCUCAUUCUUUGCUGGCUUCAUCCUACACAUUUUUGUAUUUGUGUCUCUUACCUGUCGUUUUUUCCGUUGCAUCCGGUUUGAAAUCACAACGAUUCUAAAGAAGUUUUCACUUCAAUAUACAAACUUAACAAACAACAACUUUUCGUAGCUCUAUAUAAUUUUCUUUCCCGGAGCGCUACUAUUGGGGCCUGAUUACUUUAAUUACUUUAUUUUUCUUGCUUAUUUUCUGGUAGCCUGUAACUAUACUUGAGACCUUAGAACUUACACCUCAAGGUCGGUGGCGCAUUUACGUCGUAGAUGUCUAUGGGCUCAAGUAACCACUUAACACCAGGUGGGCUGUGAGCUCGUCCACCCAACUAAGCAAUAAAAAAAAGCCUAAGAGGCUAUUCCAGCUAGUAGCUGAGCUCACGUGCUCAACCUGAGACAGUUUGCUAAUACUGGCCCUAGCAAAAGCAGUGCUUAGCUGACUCUACUGAGUAGAUCCCGCGAGAAACUAAGUAGACUGUGUCUAUGGGUUCGUUCGCUCAUCAAACUCUUCGACGACUUCGACAAGAACGAUGACCGGUGCUUGAAGAGCCUAUAAGCACUGAAAGUGGGUCCGGGGGAUUCGAUAAGACAUGUUUAGAUAAGACAUGACAACGCAAAGCCGACACGAUAAGAGGGUUUUCAUUACGUAAUUACCGCGCAAUGUAUAAGAAGUAAUGGAUUGUGACCGUCUCUCCAAAAUGAAGGAUUACUUAUUUCUUUGUGACUACGUUAUCAAUUUAACUAACUCUACUUUUAAUAAAAGAAAAACAUUUUAAUUUAGAAUCAUUAAAAUUUAUUAAAUAGAAAUGUCUUAUAUGUUGUUUUUUAAAUACACGAAAAAUGUGUUCAUUAUAUUUUAAAUGUAAUUGCAAUAUGUAUUUUUAAUUUUAAAAACACUGACAAAAUCUAUGUGUAAUUAAUAAUAGUAACGUAAUUAUUUUAGAUAGGAUUAUGAAAUCGUUCAGUUUAAAUGUAAAUUAGAUAUAUGUUCCUUUUUCAUAUUAUUAUUAUUAUAAUAUAUAAAAUUACGAAAAUUCGUAAAAUAAAUGUCCACACUACCGAACUUACUGAUUUAGGAAUGUUAUAUUAAGUGAUAUUAUUAUGUAAAAUAAUAAAAAAUAAAAUAAUAAUGAAUACGAAUUUUAAAACGGAAUAAACCAUCGUACGAAGUUAAUUAUUAUUUUACAAUCAUUUUUUGUUUUAUUAUCGUUUCGUUUUCAAACCUUGUAAAUAUUUGGCUAUAUGGUUUAUCGAAUGAAUGUAACAUAUUAUUAUUAAAUGAGGAAAAUAGAUGAACACACAUUU